GCGUGAAAAAUUAGAUGAAAUAGCUUCCUAUCUUGGUUUAGACUUUGAUUAUUUUUCUGCUAUUUCUAAAAACGAUGAACAAAUUCUCCGCAAGUAUGGAACCGCAGAUAUGUCCUCUUCUCAAAAAGCUUGUUAUUUAAGCCAUUAUUCAAUAUAUAAACUAAUAAUUGAUAAAGGCUUUAAUAGUGUCUUAAUUUUAGAAGAUGAUGUGGACUUUGAACUUAACAUUACUGCUAUUAUGACUGAUAUUCAUCGUGAUUUACCUGCUUCUUGGGAAAUGUUGUAUAUAGGCUAUUGCUUUGAAGAUGUUGGUGAACAAGUCGGGAUAAGUUCUUCUAUACAUAGGCUAUAUAAAUCUGUGGCUCCUAUGUGUACACAUGCUUAUGCAGUUUCGUAUUCAGGUGCUCGCAAACUAAUAGAGCUACUUGAUCCUGUGAUUCCACGUGCAACAGUUGAUUAUUCUCUUAGUGUAGUAGUCAAAGAUAAGAAAGUCAACUCAUUCGAUGUUCACCCACCUGCUAUCUCGCAAUGGAAAGCGGCUGACAACCCAUCCGAUAUUCCAACGUCACAACUAUUAUCCUUUAGUUUACUAAAUUCAACUUUACAUUUUCUUAAGCAUAAUGGUUAUUAG